GGGAAGCUGGUGUUGGUGUUGGGGGACCUUCACAUCCCGCACCGGUGCAGGGGGCUGCCCGGGGAGUUCAGGAAGCUGCUGGUUCCGGGGAAGAUUCAGCACAUCCUGUGUACCGGGAACCUCUGCUCCAAGGAGGGCUAUGACUACCUCAGGACUCUGGCUGGGGACAUCCACGUUGUUGGGGGGGACGCUGAGAGCCUGAACUACCCUGAAGAGAAGGUUGUAACUGUUGGGCAGUUCAGGAUUGGGCUGAUUCACGGCCAUCAGGUUAUUCCCUGGGGUGAUGUGGCCAGCCUGGCACUGCUGCAGAGGCAGCUCGAUGUGGACAUUCUCAUCUCGGGACACACACACAGAUUUGAAGCAUUUGAACAUGAAAAAAAAUUCUACAUUAACCCAGGAUCAGCUACAGGAGCCUACAGUGCUUUGGAAACGAACGUCAUCCCUUCAUUUGUCCUGAUGGAUAUCCAGGCUUCCACAGUUGUGACUUAUGUAUAUCAACUAAUUGAGGAUGAGGUGAAAGUAGAAAGAAUUGAGUUCAAGAAGUACUGAAUCGCCUUCAAACCUGCUCCUUGGCUUCUUGCCGCCUUUCAUU